UUUCACUUGUAUGCAUGUUUGUCCUCCCAUGUUACUGUAACAUGUUUUAUGAUUUUUCUGUUAAGUAGUAUGUGUGUUUUUUCUAUUUCGUGAGUAUUUGAACAAGGAUGCCAUGUGCAUGUAUGGCAAACCAAAUAACACUCAUUGCUGUAAUAACACGUAAAAUACGUUUAGCACUUUAUUGACUGACUGACAAACUGACUGACUGACUGACUGACUGACUGAUUGACUUGUUUGGUUUAUGGUAAAAGUAAUUGGUAAUAAUGUACAUGGCACAUAGUGAGGCUACACAAUUGUUGUUGCAAGAAUCUAUUUAGUUUUUUUGUUGUUUUAAACGUAUUUUAUUUUUAACCGAUCAAUAAAUGUGUGUACUACACUAUGCCUUGGUUAGGUAUGCCCUGUUUUACACAGUAUAUGUGUAUGAGCCGACUUUGUGCUUGCAUAUAAGAUGACUCUUACGUGUCCGCAUAAAUAGCCUUGCUCAGUGUUUAUGUUCUGUUUUGUUCCAGCACACGGCCCGCCCCUCACGGUGUGGCACGUCCUUACGCUUUUCCACGUCGCAGUCCUGUCUCGGGCGAACUCCCUGCGUAUGUAUGCGUGUCUCCAGCUAGGCCAGAGAGUGAUGGCGGCGCCCGUCCUGAGAGUGUCCACCCCUCGGUGGGAAAGAAUAGCUAGGCUUCUCGUUUGCCUAUUGGGCAUACUGCUGUCUCUAUAUGCCUUUCACGUCGAGACAGAAAAGGCUCGGGAUCCGAGUUAUAAGGCGAUGUGCGACGUCAGCAUCUCCAUCAGCUGUUCGAAAGUGUUCAGCUCAAGGUGGGGUCGAGGAUUUGGACUUCUGGGUUCAAUCUUUGGAAAUGACAGUGCACUGAACCAGCCCAACAGUGUCUACGGGAUCGCUUUUUAUGCCUUUCAGCUUCUACUAGGAAUGACUGUCAGUGCAAUGGCCGCCCUUAUUCUCAUGACGACAUCCAUCUUGUCGGUGGUGGGUUCGCUCUACCUGGGCUACAUCCUCUACUUUGUCCUAAAGGACUUCUGCAUCAUCUGCAUCACCACAUAUGUGCUGAACUUCAUUCUCUUUAUUCUCAACUACAAGCGACUGGUUUACUUGAACGAAGCCUGGAAGCAGCAGCUGCAGGCCAAGCAGGACUAAAGCUGUCGAGAACGGCAAGACAAGUACGAGAAACAAACAAAAAGUAAAAAAAGAAACGUGACCUCUGAACAUUUGACUUGCCACCAGGAGACCUUGCUUCCAAACGAUGUUUAUUCUGCUGUGUGUUCAAAAAAAAAUGAAGAAAUUUAACUUAAAUGUUGGGCCUAACAUCUCAAUGUUGCAAACACGGAAGGAUUUCAAGCAGAUGCAGGAGGCCACAAAACAGAUCGAUGGAGGACAGCUCUCUUUUGAACAAAAAGGAACGCGGAAUGGAGGAAAACGUGACAUUAAAGGGGUUUACUUGAAACGGUUAGAACGGUCCUGUUACUGCACAGCGGAUCUGCACUAAAACUCGGAAAACCUACCAACAAAACAGGGGGAAACAUGAGUAAAUCUGGAACAAAAAGCGAUAAAGGUCACAGCUAAGUGGAUGAGUGUGGAGAUGUGCCCGUCCUGUACUCCUGGUCUGGCAUGCAGUUCAGAGUUAUGUGGAUUUCUUUGUUGUACGUGGUAAUUAUGUCAUCUGAAGCCACAAACACUCGUCUUUGAAACAGAACUAUGGGUUUUUUUCACCAAGUUUGCAAAAAGGCACCCUCCCCCCUUUUUCGUUUGUUGGUUAAUGUGUGAUAAGCAUUCCUGACACCCACAAAAGUGGGAUCCAUAAAGACUUAUGUGCCUAAGAGUGUUAAAGUUUUUUUUUCAGUAUAGCUGGGGCGGGUUAAUGUCAUGUUAACAAACGUUCUGGUUGUUGUUUUACUGUCACAGGUCCAAGGCUUUAUUUUUAUGAUCAGUUUUGUAAAUUAAGAUACCAGUGAAGUGUUUCUCCCUCCCUAUUAGAGUCUCACGAGGUAGCGAAGGCUGCUACACUGUGAUUGUCUUCUGAAGUGUAGGGCGGCCCGGUGGCGGCGGCGUCUCUUAUCUUUGCUGUUUUAAAAAAAUGCUCAUCUGGCUUUUUGUUCACUGUCCAGCCUGUAUACAUUUGAUGUCAAAUUGAACAGUAACGGUGAUCUUGCAAAGCUGAGUUACAGUUCAUUUGCAGGAUGGGAACAAACACUUUGUCACGUUUUAUGUUGAAGCAGCAGAAGUGUGACGAGGAGUAAGAUUCUGAAAUAAUUCAACUCAGUAUGUUAAGCCAUAUGUUGAGUUUGUCGGAUGUCUCUGCUCUUGUAGGAAAGAUAUCCACAGUUUUCAAAAGACACAGAAGUAGUUGAUCUUACAUAGCAAGGCUUCUACAAAGUUAGGUCACAGAAUGGGGAAAAGAGCAGCCACAGCUGGCAGUGGCUUUGCUGGAGUGAAGUCCACAGUUUUGUCAGUUCAGUUCAAGUGACAAAACAGGACCAUUGUCUCUGUCAUCCAACAUCCACUGAUCAAAAGUCUCCAGAUGCAUGGUACACUAUCUCCGGGCUUUAAGCUAAUGUUGGCCAUCUGACAAUCUUACACGCGCUGUCGAUAGAUCCAGAGCAGUCGUUGUAGUAAUUGUGAUAAUGUGAUUCAUCUGUGGUGUUAAACCAGCUUGUUCACUGUUUCCAUCACUGCUACUUCCCAUACACCCUUCACUUUAACACAACUCUCCCGAAACUUUAUUUGUGGCUUGUUUAAAUAUUCAUGAUAGCAACUUACAGGAAGGAAGUGUCUGUGACGUGCUUCCUGUGACACCAUGAGGUCGUACCUUGUCUUUAAAAGUUUAAAUGGAGGUGAUACUCCCCGCCAGGAUAUUGUCAAAAUAAAAUUGUUGUCUGUUCAUGCAUGUUGGAAACGUUUUACUACUUAUCAUAAAUAAGUUGUGUAGUGUUAUUUUAGGCCAUCUUCCAAAGCGUAGUAUCAUUAUAUUUGAGAGGGUUUUUCGGGCAGCAGACAAAGGUUUCCUUUCAUUUUAAUAGAUGCUUCCAGCACCUAAUCCUUCACAGUGAAGAUGAUGUACACUGCUCACUUCGUCAAUGUUCGUCUGUUUCAGUAUAACUGAUCAAUUCGAUGCAUUUUGGCAGCCUACUAGCUUAGUAACUUAAUGGAAUACUCCACCAAUUUAGCAUACAUUCCAAUAACAUUUAUUUAAAAUCGGUGCAAUUUGUUUUAUUCCAUGUAUUCUUCUUCUUCCUUUUCCUUUUCCCACAGUACAUCUCGACCGCCGACUGUUUUAGCCAGAGUUUUGGUUUGGUUUGCCCAAUAUGACAUUCUCAAAUGUCUUCUUUUGUCAAGUCUAAGAUAUUCAGUGAAUUGUUGUAGAGAAGCAAAGAAACAAAAGAACAUUCACAUAUAAACUGAAAGCAGAUCAUUUUAACAUUUGUUUUCUUUAACAAUCACUCAAAUGGAUUCCUAUGAUAGUUGGCGAUCAAUGACUUAACUACUCUUUUUUUUCUAUUGCGAUGCAAGAAACAUUGGGAUGGCUGCCAGAAAGAGACUCUAAUGGUUUGCUUUGGAAAAUGUUUGGCACUUGUGUUACGUGACAUGAUAGGUAGUAAAAUAACAAAAACAUGCAAGCACUAUUGUCCUCUUUAAAAGAAAAAAAGUAUAGUGCUCCAUAAAAUGAUUUUAAACAUUUGCCCCGGGACGUAACAAGUCAUCUUUAAGAUCUUCCUUCUACAGCAUAUCCUGGUCAGGCGAACAUCGGGUUCUGUCAAGUCAGACUAAUAUUUUGGUCUUUUGUCUGGGGACGCUGUGCAUUCAUGUAGAAAGAGAAGUGUUGUAAGGAUCCUCUUGCACAGAUCAAACUGACAUUACAUGCUUGUUUUUGUGGCUGCAACUAUGUGAGUUUCGACCGUAGUGGUGUACAGUAGGCGGCCGACCAUUAGCUUCAUGAUUCCAGUCAUACGCAAGCCUAUUACACUAGUUGUGUGCAGUUACUUUAAAGAAAUGGUUCAGGAAUUUGGAUGUUGAGUCAAAAGUUUGAAAUCUUUGGCUGGUAACACAUGUUGUGUGAUGAUUUUAAGGUCAAACAGAAAAGGUUAAAAUGAUCGAUUAGUGCAUUUUCAUGAAUUUUAGGGCCCUGAGGUAUAACUGCCAUGUUAGUUGCAUCACCAAUGCCAACAAAAGUGCCUUCUGUUUGAUCACUAGGCCUUGAGCCAAAGACGAGCAACAGUAAUAGCCUUGUAAAAUGAAGAAUGGUAACUGAAAAAAAGCACGUUUGCUUGCCUUCCUUAAGAUUGAAUCUGAUAAAUUGGUAAUUCCCAAAGAUAUGAUUUAAAAUGCAAAAAACAAUUCAACAUUUGGCAGACAAAAUGCCCCGUCAAAUCAAUGGUCAUUCCCCUUUUUCCUUCCUGAACUCCACUCUAAUUCUCAUCUUUAUUUUGUCUAGCUAGGACAUGUCUGUUUAAACUACAUGAUUGUAAUGUACUUUUUUCAUCAUUAAUAGCACCCUUUAGCUGUUUAGACUGUUAACAUUCUGGGUUACUUUAGUAAAAAAAGUUGAGGGGGUUGGAGGGCUCGGAAUCCAUGUGUCAGCAUAAAAUUUCCAUUGAAUUUUUUUGUGGAGGAAAACUUAAUGGGUUUGCUUCUGUAUUGCCAAAUAUGUUUUAAAAUGCUGUAUUUUCUUACAUGGAAAAGUGUUACAUGAAUGGUAGGAGGGUGUGAAAAAAAUAAUCUGUUUAAAUCCAUUUUACCUUAAGGGAAAACUGUGGAAAAAGGUUGACAUGCGAACAUUUUUAAUUGUCAUUGUCAUGUGGAAAUGAUCUACCAUUAAAACAUUCCCUCUGAAA